AUGAAGACCCUCCGGGCACGGUUCAAGAAGACCGAGGGUCAAGACUGGGGCAAAAGUGACCAGCGCCUGCUCCAGGCAGUGGAGAGUAACGAUGCGGCCAGAGUGGCCUCGUUGAUCGCCCACAAGGGGCUGGUGCCAACAAAACUGGACCCCGAGGGCAAGUCUGCGUUCCACUUAGCGGCCAUGAGGGGUGCCGCGGGCUGUCUCGAAGUGAUGCUGGCUCAGGGUGCCGAUGUCAUGAGCACCGAUGGAGCAGGUUACAGUGCUCUUCACCUGGCAGCCAAGUACGGGCACCCAGAGUGCCUGAAGCAACUCCUGGAGGCUUCCUGCGUGGUAGACAUUGAGGACAGCAGUGGGUGGACAGCCCUUCAUCAUGCAGUGGCUGGUGGUUGUCUGUCCUGCUCAAAGCUGCUCUGUUCCUUUAAGGCACAUCUGAACCCUCGGGAUCGGUCGGGCGCCACGCCCCUCAUCAUAGCUGCUCAGAUGUGUCACACAGAUCUGUGCCGCCUCCUCCUACAGCAGGGGGCUGCCACAAAUGACCAGGACCUGCAAGGCAGGACAGCCUUGAUGCUGGCAUGUGAGGGGGGCAGCCCUGAGACCGUUGAAGUCCUCCUGCAGGGUGGAGCCCAGCUGGGUAUCACCGAUGCACUGGGCCAGGAUGCCGUUCACUAUGGAGCCCUGACUGGAGACAAACUCAUCUUGCAGCUUCUCCAGGAGUCUGUACAGCGCCCUUCACCUACCAGUGCCUCUCUAGAGGAUGACUCCGGAGAGGCCUCAUCUCAGAACUCAGUGUCCAGCCAUGAGAAGCAAGGAGCCCCCAAGAAGAGGAAGGCACCCCAGCCUCCAGCCAGCAUGCCAGUUCCUGACGACCGGGAUGCUUAUGAGGAGAUUGUACGCCUGAGACAAGAGAGAGGCCGACUCCUGCAGAAGAUCAGGGGCCUGGAACAGCACAAGGAACGGAGGAGGAAGGAGCCCCUGGAGGCGGAGGCCAGCUCAGUGCACAGCCUGGAGAGACAGGUGCAGGAGCUGCAACAGAUGCUGGCGGAGAAGCAGGAGGAAAAGGAGAGUCUGGGCCGGGAGGUGGAGAGCCUGCAGAGCCGCCUGUCCCUGCUGGAGAACGAGAGAGAAAACACAAGCUAUGAUGUGGCCACCCUGCAGGAUGAGGAGGGUGAGAUACCUGACUUCCCAGGAGCUGAUGCACUGCUGUCAAAGAACCAGAGUCCAUCAGCAGAGGAGAUGCUUGCUUCCCUACGGGAGCAGGUGGCUCAGCUCACCAGGCAGAACCAGGAGCUGCUGGAAAAGGUCCAGAUCCUUGAGGAGUUUGAAAAGGAUGAGGUGCAGAUGGCGGAAGAAAGUCAGCCCGAGGUCGUCCCCCUGGUCUUGUAUGAAUCCUUAAGGGCAGAACUUGAGCAGCUUCGGAGGCAGCACACAAAGGCCAUGCAUACUAUGCAGCAGCAGCAGCAGGGCGAGCCACCGAGGGCUCAUGGAGGAGAAGAGACAGCACACCAGGAAAUCAAGGACAAGAGAAUCGCUACCCAGAAUGGACUUAGUGUCCCAGACCUCAAUGGCGACACGUGUACAGAAACCCAAGCAAACGGAAUGGAACUCCAAGCAGGAGGCUCCAAGGGCGUCUGGAACACUGAAGCAGGGGCGUCAGAAGCAGGACCCAUGGAACCCGAGGCUGCAGGUUCAGAGGCCACGGGGAAAGAUGGAGUGGCAGCCGAGGCAGUGGACACUAGUGCUAUUAUGGCUGAGGCCCUAAAUGUGAAAGCUGUAGGCGACAAUGUUGAAAGUGAGCCAGUGGCUGUAGAAGAUACAGGAGGAGAAGAGAACCCGGGAGUGAAGGCUGGCGGGGUGGAUGUGUUGCAGGCAGGGCUCACAGGCACCGCGAUUAGAAACGAGGAGGCCACCAGAGUGCGGGAUACAGGAAUUCAGGCCACAGGAGUAGAGGCCACGGCAGUGAAGACCACUGGAGUGCAGGCCACAGUGGCGGAGGUCAUAGGGGUGAAGGUCACAGGAGUGCAGACCACAGCGACAGAAGCCGUAGGAGUCAAGGACACUACCACGGGGGCCGCGGGGGCGGAGGCGACGGGAGCGCAGGCCAAUUGCUGGCAGGCCACGGAGGCAGACAGCAGUGGGGCGCGGGACGCAGCUGUGGAGCCCACGGGAGCACAGGCCGCUGUGACAGACACUACGGAAGCCGGGGCCGGCGGCACGGAGGACCCCCGCGCGGCGGUCCUGCACCCGGGGGCGGCGGCGGCGGCGCUGCAGGCCGAGCUGGAGACCCGGAUCCGAGGCCUGGAGGAGGCGCUCCGCAGGAGGGAGCGGGAGGCUGCGGCCGAGCUAGAGGCGGCUCGCGGCCGUUUUGCGGAGGCGGAGGCAGAAGCGGAGGAGGCGGCGCGUGGGCGGAGCCGCCAGCUAGAGGCGCUGCGGGAACUGCUGGCCACGGCUACGGCCACGGGCGAGCGCGCACGCACGGAGGCCGCCGAGCUGCGCCAGCGGCUAGCUGCCUCCGAGGCUCGGGCCGCCGAACUCAGCUCUACCCUGGACACCGCCCGCGAGGAGCUGGAGCGCACGCGCGGGGCCUCGGUUCCUGCGGACGAGCACGAGCGCGCGCUGGGAGCCCUGCGCGACCAAGUGGCCCGGCUGCAGGCUCAGCUGGCCGAGCUGGCGCGCAGGCACGAGAAGACGAGCGCAGAAGUCUUCCAGAUCACAGACCUGUCCAAAGAAGUAUUUACACUGAAGGAGGCUCUGAAGGUGCAGCAGUCCACCCCAGCCAGCUCCAAGGAGGAGGAGGAGGCCCUGCGUGGCCAGGUGACAGCCUUGCAGCAGCAGAUACAGGAGGAGGCCAGGGAGCACGGCGCUGUGGUGGCUUUGUACCGCACCCAUCUCCUGUAUGCAAUUCAGGGACAGAUGGACGAGGACGUACAGUGCAUUCUCAGCCAGAUCCUGCAGAUGCAGCGGCUUCAGGCUCAGGGUCGCUGAGGACACAGCUCAGCUCUUCAGUCUCCGUCCUUCUCCUCUGCGAGCUGAAGCCACAGACACCACCUACCCCAGCUCCCAGGGGUGAACUGACUCAACACUCAGUGUGAGACCAGCCCGGGGCCUUAGCCAUGGUGGCCAGCUGACCACCCCACACUUCUAUAGUCUGGCUCUCUGAUUCCCCGCACUCCCCAUUUGAUGUAUUGGGAGUCCUGAUAUCCUACCACACUCAGGAGUACAAGCUCAUUUUCUGUG